CGAGAGUUGCUUGGUAAAGGAAGGAAAUUGUACCCCGACCAGCCUUUCCAGAUCCUCACUCAUGGUGGCCCAAAGAUUGCUCUUCCUCAAAGAUAUCUUGAAGAAGUCCGCGACUCUCAACAGGCAGCCUUCCCUCCUUAUUUCCUAGGCGAGGCGCCUUGGAACUUGCCUGGUUUUGACGGCCUAUUAGUAACCAACAAACAUGCGUGGCUCCUUCGAGAAACCAUCAGUGUUAAGCUCACACAGUCUCUGGGACUUAUCACUGAAAGCCUGGCGGACGAAGGCAUUCUAGCUACUGAGGAACUUUUCGGAAACUUCACUCCUGGAAAGUGGCAUACUGUUACAUUGCUUCCUGAAGUAACGAAGAUAAUUGGUCGCUUCACUGCUCGCACCAUGCUCGGCGAAGAACUAGCCCAUAACCAGGAAUAUAUCGAUAUCUCAAUCAAAUACGGCGUCACUGUUUUGCCAGCGACUUUGUUGUUUCGUCCUUGGCCCCGUAUCUUAUGGCCCAUCAUACAAUACUUUAUUCCACUGACCAAGACGGCUCGAUACCAAGCUCAAAGAGCACGUCAGCUGAUUACAAAGGAGGUUGAACGCCGAGAGAAGGUAGCAAGAGCGACAAUUGCUGCUGGUAAGAAAGUCCCAAAGACGCACGACUCCGUAGCGUGGGUUCUCGAACAAAGUAAGACGGAUCAAAAACUUGAUCUUGUUGGCUUUCAGUUAGCUAUAUCCAUGGUUGCCAUUCACAACACGGGCGGGCACUUGUUCACCGCUCUCUGGUGUCUUAUUGCAUAUCCCAAAUAUAUCCCAAUUCUCCGAGAAGAAGCCAUCUCAGUCCUCAAGGAGUAUGGCUGGACAAGACAAGCCUUGGCUCGUCUCAAGUUACAAGAUGCUGUGCAUAAAGAAUGCCUGAGAAUCCUUCGGGGCAACCUUAGUACUGCACGCCGACAAGUCGUCAAGGGAAACUUGACAUUCUCAGAUGGAUUCACCAUUCCCAAUGGUCGAAGUUUUUUCGUCAUGCCUCCCGCUGAUUACCAGGGUGAAAAUGAAGAGUUUUGUCCAGAGUGCUGGCUCGAGAAGCGAGAAGGAGAAGGACAAGCGAACAAAUACUCCUUUGUCACGGCGAAUCUAGAGAAUCCAGAAUUCGGAAUAGGCAAGCAUGCCUGCCCAGGUCGAUGGUUUGCAAACGAUGAAAUGAAAAUCGCCCUCUGUAUCCUCUUGCUACGCUACGACUGGAAGGCUACACCCGAC